ACGCAGUUCGAGCUCAUUCCUCAGUCGAGUCGCGAGAAAGUUGGACGUAGAGUAAGCGCAGCCGAAGAAAGCAGAAGACGACGAACCUAAAAAUGUGCCGCCAGAUUGGAUUCAUUUUGCUCAUCACCGUGCUGGGCACCACCUUUGCCCAGGAGCAGCCCUACUACCUUCAACAGUGUCCCCGGGAUGAGGCCCAGAUCAACGAGUGUCUUCGCGAGAGUGGCAACAAGCUGGUCCACUACCUCCAGAAGGGAGUGCCGGAGCUGGACAUCUAUGAGAUCGAACCCGUGAUGAUUGAUGAGAUCGGCAUUGUCCUGGGCAGUGGUCCGGAUGGCUACCGCGCUCUUUUCCGGAAUAUUCAAGCCUAUGGAGUUAGCAACAUUACGGUCACAAAUAUCCGCUCCGACUUGGACACGCUGCAGUUCCAGCUGACGUGCGAGAUACCCCGCAUUCGCGUCAAGGCUCAGUACCGAUCCACAGGUGUUCUGAUCUUGGUGAAGGCCUCCGGAGCUGGCGACUACUGGGGGGAGUAUGAGGGUGUGAAGGCCAAGAUCUACUUCAAGGCGCUGCCGAACGAGGGACCCGAUGGACGCACCUACCUGACGACGGACUCCGUCAAGAUGGACUUCAAUGUGAAGGAGAUCCAAAUGGGAGUGGAUAAUAUUGCCAAUGGCAAUUCGGUCAUACAGGCUGCCCUCAACCUGUUCAUCAACUCGAACUCCCAGGAGCUGCUCAAGGAGAUGAAGCCUGCGCUCAGAACCAAACUCACCCUGGUCAUUCGCAACUUCAUGGAUCGUAUCUUCGCCAAGAUCCCGCUGGACGAGUGGAUCAACCUGAAUUAGAAUGUAGUUCCCCUAGCCUAAGUCCUAAUUUAUUGCACACAGUUCAAGCUAAAUAAACCAAGUAAAGACAA